CUUUACUUCGAUAACUCACUCUUCUUUUUCCCAAUUUCUCAAAAAAAACCCAAAGCUUUAGGGUUUCUUCUUCUCAUCCAUCUCCAACCCCCUGACUUUGCCUCUCUGCGAUUUGGAAUGGUGCGGGGGAAGCUGAUCUUGAUUUGCCAGCAUGGCGGUGAAUUUGUGCCGAAGGAUGAUGGAUCCUUGUCAUAUUCUGGAGGAGAGGCACAUGCCUUAGAUAUCAGUCCUGAGACAGCAUUCGACGAUCUCAAGUACAAAUUAGCCGAAAAAAGUAACUUGGAAUAUAAAUCUUUGACUAUGAAGUAUUUUCUCCCUGGAAACAGGAGAACUCUAAUUACUUUGUCCAAUGACAAAGACCUUAAAAGGAUGUAUGACUUUCAUGAGGACUCGGUGACUGCAGAUAUUUUUCUUACAGGGACAAAAAGCUUUGUUCCUGCAAAUCUUGGCACGCAAGCUAAGAGGAAAAUUGGUGCAAAAAAAGGUGCCACCUCUGCUGCGGGUCCUGCUACUUCCAAAGUCGCUCGCUCUGCUGUUGGCCUGAAGGAUGUUACUGUUGGUAUAGCAACCCCCUCUGAUUCUGUUGCAGGUGUCAAUGCAACACUUCGAAGCCCCACUAAAGCAGCUAAACGUACUGCUGGCCGUAACAUUGUUGAUGGUCUUUUUGAGGUCAGUGUUGCUGAUGCAACUGACUGUAGCACAGAUACAAUUGAUAUGAGCGCUUCUCCUGCUGAUACCGUCAAGAAACGUAGGCGCAUUGCCUCCUGGAGAAGUGGUGCAAAUGGUCUUAACAUUGUGAGUGUUGACGACAGUCCUGACGAGACCAGAAAAUCCACAUCCAGGAAAAAGGUUGCCAGGAGAUGCAAUACUGUUGCAGUAGUUGAUAACAUGAGCCUGACUCUUGCUCCUCCCAAUGAUGCUUCACCGGAUGAACUGGUUGAAUUUUGGAAAAAUGGUAUUACUGGUGAAGGCCAGGACUUUGGAAGUGUGGCAGAAUUCCGUGAUGCUCUACAGAAAUAUGCCAUUGCACAUCGCUUUGGUUAUAGAUUAAGAAAGAAUGACACUAAUCGUGCUUAUGCUGUAUGUGCAGUAGAAGGCUGUCCAUGGAAGCUUCAUGCAUCUUGGGUCCCAUCCGACGGUGUGUUUAGGGUUAAAAGGAUGGACGAAGCACAUACUUGUGAUGGUGAAAAAUCUCGAAAGACUGGUACUCCAGCUAAAAAAAUUGGUUGGUGAAUAUUAUUAAGGAUAGGUUAAGAGAUAGCCCGC